CGGGUUAGCAGACUUGGAAGACAUCAUCGGAUAUAUAUAUAUAUAUAUUAUAAAUAUCGCUCGAGUGGCAAAGUAAGCAAGUCAGUUCUCAAUAGUAACAGUACCCAAAAAACUUAAGUACCUACCUCCUGAUUUACUCGAAAUCACCAUACCACACAACACAACACACCAACGAAACAUAAAUCCACCCUCGCAAACAUGCCUCUCGAGAACAAAUCUACCAACCAAGAAGACUCCGGCGUAACCGGCGCCGCCAAGUUCGUCACCAGCACCGUGGGUAACGUCGCCGGCGGCGUAGGCCGAACAGCAGGCGGCGUAGUUGGCGCCGCGACCCGCGGGCUCGGCGACACUAUCACAAGCGCCACGGGAUCAGCCGGCAAGCCCGUCGGCGACGCGCUAAGCUCCGUCGGCACUGGCGUCCAGGACGGCGCCGAGGACACAUAUAACAACAACAACGACGACGACAACAACGACAACAACAACCCCCAAUAA